UGUAAAUUAUUAUCGGUCAAUAUGAAUGUUGGUUUAUCUUGUCAAAAGAGGAAUGCUAAUGUUCAAUUGAUAUUUGAAUCCCGAUUUAGAUGGAAGAAGAUAAGACGAAAAAUCUUCCGAUGGAUGAGGAAGAAAACCAGGAUUCACUGGUUGACUACGAUAGUGACAGCAGCGUGGUCACAGUGGUAGAGAGAGAGAGAGGUAGUGAUAAAACAAUAAGUAAAGAUGAAGAAGAAAAAGAGAACAAGAAGGAGACUGAAGCAAAAGGUGCAAUCCCGAAACGUGGCAAACCAAAAAUAAUAGAAAACAUAGAUGUAAAUAGAGAAUGGGCUGAAAAUCGUCCUGUACUACCAAUAGGGACAAAGAUGCUUUACGAGAAACAAGAAAAGAUGGUUGAGAAAAUGGACUCGGUAAUGAAGAUGUUGGAUAAGGUUAUGACCCAAGCAACCUCCAUGAUGGAAAACAUGGUAGAAGUCGCCCGCGUAAAUUUAGAGAAAGAGAAACUAAAAAUUAGACGUUUAGAGGUAAAUAAACAGAAUACGCAAAGUAAAGUAGAAAACGGUAUACAAACGGUUAAAGAAUCAGAAGUAGAGCCUAAAAAGAAAAAGUUAGAUGAAACAGUCUGUUCAGUCGAGAAAAAUAGAAGUUUAGAGACAAUUAAGAGUGCUUUAGAAGUAGAAUUAAACAGUCAAAGGUUGCAUAUUAGAAGAGAAUAUAAGCUAACGCAAAAAUCUAACUUUGAUCUUUGGAUGGAUUAUUUAAAAUCCGAAUUAAUGAAUAACGAGUUAUUAGAUGUAAUAGAUUCAAACAUUGAUAAUCCAGAAAAUCUUUCCGAAUUAAAAGUUGCUAAGAGAAAAAGUCUAGUUAGAGAUAUAAUAAUCAAUCAUUUAGAUGAAAAUUAUCAUAAAAGGAUUUUACAUGAGAAAGAUCCAAAAGAAAUUUUGAAGAAAUUAAGAAAUUAUAAAAAGAGUGAAGUAAACGUUACUCAUACAUCGUUAGAGGCAGAGACUAAGAGUGAAGUUAGAGAGAAGCUAGAGAAACCAGAGGUUAGAGUGCAGAGGGCUACCGCAGAAGAGCACAAAGAAGUAAAGUGCUACCGAUGCAACAAAUUGGGUCACAUGGCGAAGGACUGCCCACUAGCGGGAUCAGAGGCCUGGUUCUGUUAUUACUGCCAGGAGAUUAGAGGACACAAGGGUGAUAGCUGUCCUAAUGCCGGAGCCCAGACGAACAGAUUUAGAGGAAAAAGGUAUACAAAUAAAACCGUUAAUAAAAAUAUAAAGAAAAAGGGUAGAUUUGCGCAAAGAGGAACAAAAAGAGUAGAUAAUAAAGGGAAAGUAACCAAAAUACAACCAGCCAAGAAAACUAUACCAUCGCAAACAGCAAUUGAAGGAAAACCAAAAGAAG